CACUUCGCAUACACUUCGCACUUCGCACACAUAAUCACCAUGCCAUGACCGACCUCUUCCACGUCGUGCCACACUUCAACACAAAGCCAUUCUCGCACAUACUGCCAUCGCUCGACAAGAACCUCGUCACCUCCUGCGAUCUCCUUACCCUCGAGGCUCUCGACGUAGCCAAGCGCGCUCAGGUGCCGGUCGCGGAAGUCUGCAAGCUACAAGACGCCUUGCUCGUCGAACUCCAUGCUCAACUCUGCUUCAAACAUGGCGAUGAUGCUCAGCCGGAGGUGGACACGGCGGAAGAGACGCGUCGGGUGAAGCAUGAAUGGAGCAGCAUCAGUACUUUGGACGACGGUUUGGAUACCUUACUUGGAGGAGGCAUACCUGCUGGCUACCUGACAGAGAUCACCGGCGAGAGCGGCGCAGGCAAAACACAGACCCUCCUCACUCUGCUCCUGAGCGCCCAACUCCCUCCGCCUCACGGCCUCUCACGCUCCAGCAUCUACAUCUCCACCGAAGCCUCGCUCUCCACCAGUCGCCUCUCCCAACUGCUCAACUCCCAUCCGUACUUCAACUCUCUGCCGCCCUCAGAACGACCGACUCUCUCUCGAAUCCUCAGCAUCAAGACGCCCGACCUCGAAUCUCAAGACCACAUCUUGCGCUACCAGCUCCCCGUUGCCAUUCAGCGCCACAACAUUGGUCUUGUCGUCCUCGAUUCCGUCGCCGCAAACUAUCGCGCCGAGUUUGACAAGCCCAGCAAUGGGGCUGGUGGUAGUGGUGGCUCGUCCGCUGCCCACGCAAUGGCAACUCGCAGUGCUCAACUGAUCCAACUCGGCGCUUUGUUACGCGGCAUUGCGCGGCGCGAGAAUGUUGCUGUCGUUGUUGCGAAUCAGGUCGCUGAUCGCUUCGACCGCCAGGACCGCGCACCGUCGGGUAAUGCGAGCAGGAACACUUCGUACAACAGCCAGGCCAGCAUGACCAAGUCUACUGGAGGUCGUGCAGAUGUUGCAGGCCAUAAUACGCCGCGUGCAGGAACACCGAGAGUAGGAACACCACGGACAGGGACACCAACGCCCAUAUCCCUCGCAACUGCGGAUCCCAUGUCGCUCGACCACCAGCAGCGCUGGCUGACUGGCUGGGGGGACACUCGCCCGGAGCACCCGGAUCAUCACCAAGAGGGCCUCAAAACGCCCGCCCUAGGUCUCGUGUGGACAAACCAGCUCGCGUGCCGGAUCGCGCUGAUCAAAGAGCCCGAAUUCGCUGCCCCGCCAGACAUAUUCGCCAUGUUGGCACGGGGGGACCAUCUGAAUGCGGAAGAGGACGGCGAGAGCGCAGCGACGCGCGAGAGGGAGAUUGUGCGCUGGCGGCGGUGGAUGAAGGUUGUGUUUGCGCCGUGGACCGCGCCGACGAGCGGUCGCGGGCUGGAGUUUCGGAUUACUGCAGAGGGACUCAAGACUUGAUGGCGGACUUUUGUGGCUGCUAUCCGUUGGACUAUCUUGGUUGUGAGAAGUAGCAGUAAAUACAACGUUGGAAAUACCCCUUUCUUGCGCUCAGUCUUUGCUUAAAAGGCAGUCUCCUGGGAAUUAGAGCUAUGCGAGGUGUUCGUAAUUUGGUCACUUCAGUUACAAUCAGCCAACGUGACAGACUCGUACUCAUCAGCAUCAACUCCAUACUUUCAAUCGACCAGAACAGUUGAACGAGCACCACACGCACACAAAGUUAAAAACAAGCAAUAAAUACCAAUACCAACUAUCCACACCCCACAACAUCCCCCAAAGCCCUAC